AUGACCUCUCGAUCGGAACUCGACGCCUACCGAGUCUUCGUAGAGCGCUUCACCUCUGCCCUCUCUCAGCAGGGGAAUUCCCCCCGCCAAGUAUCGUCUAUGGGUCUUGGGGCCCUCACUAUCACCGAUGGCUCGCCCUUCGUCGCGGGCCCUUCUGACGCCGGAGCCUCCGCUGUGGCUCCUUCCUCCGCCGAGUCCCCCAUUGUGGCUCCGACUCCUCUCUCCUCUGGCCAACAGGAGGCCAGACCUGCUCCUGUUGGCCCUUCGCAAGCUUCGGGUCAGUCUGCUACUGUGGUGGAGAUCGGUGAUGACGACGAGGAUAUGGAUAUUGUUGAUAGUGAUGAUGAGAUGGAUGAUGUUGUUGAUGGUGGGGAAACGGGUGGUGUAGAUGAUGGAGAAGGAAUGGGCGAUGUAGAUGAGGAAACGUAUGAUGUUGAUCUUGGUGACCAGGAAUUGUUCAAGGAUAGGGAUGGUUGUUUGGCCGAGUUAGCGGCAUUGAGUCGUACGUUCCCUGUUGCGUUACCUGUUCCUAUUCGUGUCGUCGAAGGAUCUCCCGAGCUUCGUGUGACGGUACAGAACUCCAACGGGAGGAAACGAGUAGCCUACAUGGAUAAGCUGGCCGAGGUGAAGUCCGAGAAACGUCGCCGCUCCCCUUCAGUCCACGGCGAAACCCCCCUCCCUUCGGCGAAACGGACCAAAGGUACUCGCAGUCAGCCUUCGCCUGACCUGGAGGAAGUGUUUCCCUCUUCCGCCAAGGAGCCAGGGAGUGCUCGUAAAACGUUGUUGCGGGAGCAGGAAAGAUUAUGGAAGUUGUUCGAGGACGAAAGGGAACGUUGGGAGGUCGCCAGUAUAGAGGAGUCGUGUGAUAGAUGCCGUCGCAAAAUUAUCACGUACGGGAGGAUGAAGUGGCCGUGUUUACGACCGGUCAAACCUCGUAAUCGUGGAUUCCGUUGUGCUUCUUGCACUUCUGGGCCAUGCUCGUUCUGUCCCCCCAACGCCGCUCGGGACAUUCCCCCUAGAUCUCCGUACACUCCGUCCACCGCUGUCCGCCGUCCCCUCCCCACAGGGCUAGACAGGGACUAUCCUUCGCGCUCUCCUUCGGCGAACUUCUCCUCUUCCGGCCCUGCCUCGCCGUCACCCGCCGCCCGUCGCCCGCCUUCCUCUCCCGUGGCCGGACCGUCUCGUCUUCCUGCUACUCCCUCGGCAGGUUCCUCUCGUCGCACCCCUCGUCGUGCUCCUCUCGCCGUUAGUCGGCCUUCUACUCCUGUGGCCGGCCCAUCUCGCCUCCCGGCUACUCCUUUGCCCGGUCCGUCUCGCCCUACCAGGAGCCGUCCUACUCCUGCCCCCACACAAGAGGACUCCUCUCUUAGUCUUCCUCCUGCCCUCGGAACCCGGAGCCGUCAACCAUCUGUCCCUCCUGCUACUGGGCUCCCCACUCCUGCCCCUCCUGUUGAAACUCCUCCGUCGAAAUCUUCAAAAGGGAAAGGUAAGAAGAAAGCCGUCCAAUUCGAACCUGCGGUGGUAGAGAAUGAAAGUACUCAGCUACCAGAGGAACUCCCUCCUCCCCUCGACCACCCCUAUAUUUCCAGCGACCCCCGAAUUCCAGAGGAGGAGAAACAACUGGCCACUUUCCGUUCUCUCAUUAUUGGAUUGACCACACAUCUCCACGCCAAUAGACAAGAUACGGCGAAGCUCCUCGAAUAUUGCAUGAAGCUGGUCUCUGGUAUGAACACCCUCUCCCGGACAAUGGCAACUCUCAGUCUCCCGAGAGCUCCUGACGGAAAUGAACGACUUCUACCGCAAUCUCUUCGAUUCUCCCUUCCUCCUGAAUCCCAUUGA